CUGCCAUUUCCGGGGUCUUGCGGAAGUGAAUUUCACCGCAGCGUGUCUCUCCAAGCAGCAAAACAUUUUCGAACGAUGGGUCGCCGCAAGUCCAAGCGAAAACCCCCAACUAAGAAGAAGAUGACCGGGGAUCUGGACACUCAAUUUACCUGCCCUUUCUGCAACCACGAGAAAUCAUGUGACGUCAAAAUGGAGAGAACCAGAAAUACUGGAAUAAUAUCGUGUACAGUCUGUUUGGAAGAGUUUCAGACGCCCAUUACUUAUCUGUCAGAGCCAGUAGACGUUUACAGUGAUUGGAUAGAUGCUUGUGAAUCCGCCAAUCAGUAGCCCUGGAAGAGGAGGAGCAAAAACCGCUUCUUUUUUUUUUUUUUAAACUUUUUUUUUCCCCUAACUUUUUUGGGGCUUUUCUAAAACUAUACACAUUUAUUAAAAAUGCUCGCAAGUUUCAAAUGCUGAGAGAUGUGGCUGUGUGCGGUCAUGUGAAUCUGCACACUCUGACCAUUUUAUUAGGGACACCUGCACAAUCAGGGAACUGAUUGGAAAUUCAGUUUUACUUUCUGGGUGACAUUAUUCAUCCUCUAACCCUUGGUCAAGCAUCAUGUCCAGUCAUAAAAAUUGAGCCACAGCUCUCAUCAUCCUCAGAGUAGUGAGUGACGCAGCAUCCGAUCAUCACGGUACAGAAUUGUAUCAUGUUCUUUUUGUUGCUUAAAUGACGCACACGUAAUCACUAAAUAUGGACAAAUUUGUGUUUGUUUCCCCUGCAACUGGGACACAGCGUGUGGAACAACUGCUCACUCUGUUGUUGCUGUGACCUGGAUGAUUGUCAACAGAAGCAAUAAUAAAUGUUACAAAUAA